UUACUUGGUCUUACAAGUAGAAUCGUUUCGAAAGAUAUGGAUUAUAAGUGGAUUACUCCUAUAUAUAUUAAUGAAUUAUGUGUGGAUUGCGCCGAACUCUAAUGAAUUACUCCGAAUAUAUGGAUAGAAUGCCUAAUUAAAAGUGAAUUACUCCAAUUUACAAGAAUUACGAGUGGAUUAAUUACUCCAAAUUAAAAGGACUGCGAGUGGAUUACUCCGGUGAAGAAGGAUUACGAGUGGAUUACUCCAAAUUACAAGGAUUGCGAGUGGAUUACUCCGAUGAAGAAGGAUUACGAGCGAAUUACUCCAAAUUACAAGGUUUGCGAGUGGAUCACUCCGUUACAAGGAUUACGAGUAGAUUACUCUAGAUUAUAAAAAGUUUAAAAGUGGAUUACUCAGACUACAUGAUUUUAAAAACAUCGUGCUAGUUGAUUAAAAACAUGCAUAGAGUGCAGUGUGCAGUUGUCAAGAAAAGGCAAAUGGCGUUGAAUUCGUUUACAUCAUUACAUUCUAGUGACAAGUAGCUUGCAGUAAAUACAAAUAUAGUUUCGUGAUAAGUCUUCCUCAACUUUCAAGAAAUAGUACAACCCAAAAUAUAUUAACAAUGGAUCGCAGCCUCAUCGAAAAAUUUGUAGAAGUUACAGGUGAGAGUGAAUCUACGGCAGAACAAUUCUUGACGCUAGCGGGGGGAAAUGUUGAAACUGCUGUCACUCUCUUGUUCGAGGGAGGAGGACCUGGAGCCAUUCCCAUUCCACCAGAAGUUGAUCCUGAACCUGCUGUACGGGCUCCUAUUUUACCAACUCAACAAGUUCUUGUACCCACGGAAAUUGGCUGUUCAGUUCCAAGAUCGUCCAAUAAUGUCUUCGACAGAUUUCGAGACUUUAAUGUUGAAACUCAAAGACAAGAAGAAGAGAUGACUCGGAGAGCAAGUGGCACAAGGAAGAAUUUGCAGAGGAAAUCCCGACGUUUAGAGGAUUUAUUCAGACCACCGUGUGACAUACUAUUUCUUGGUAGUUUCCUUGAAGCCAGAGAGUAUGCAAAAUCCAUGAAUCGUUGGCUACUCGUAAAUGUUCAAAAUUCACAAGAAUUUGCGUGUCAAAUUUUAAAUCGUGAUGUAUGGUCCAACGAGCAAGUGCGAGAAAUGAUCAAGGAUCAUUUUGUCCUUUGGCAGGUGUUAUCGAACGCGUCUGAAGGAAAACGAUACAUUGAUUUUUACAAUGUUGCGGGAUUUCCAUACUUGGCAGUUGUAGAUCCCAGAACUGGAGAAUGCAUGAGAAUGUACAAUCACAUCACGGUCGAUAGUUUAGUAUCUGGACUAAACGAUAUGCUAAGUACUCAUGCUUCUCCUGAAUGUGCACCUCAAGAGCCUGUUGUCGAUGAUUGGAAAAAUUCGUCAGAUUCAGCAACGAAACGCGCAUUAGCCGAAUCAUUGAUCAGUAGCAAUGCAUCUGGUACAAAAAAACACAGGAUCAUGGAAGGAAGAAAUUUAGAGUUUGAUGGAGAUGCUAAUACUAGCGUAAGCAGUACAAGUGUAGCAAAUUGUAAUUCCACCAUUGUUAGCAAAAGAUCUAGGAUAGAUGAGUUGGAUGCUAAAAGCCAAUCAAGUAGUAACGCUGCGCAAGAAAAGGUUGACAAAUCAGGUCAAGAGCUGCCCGCUAAUAAAUCUGAAUCAGAUAUCAAUGCACCAUUACUGCGACUUUGCUUACGGCUACCAAAUGGUUCCAAAGAGACACUUUCAAUGAUAGCGAGCGAGAGAAUUCAACAUUUCUUGGAUAAAAUGGAAGAUAUGGGCUACUCACUCUCCGAGCACACAUUCAUAAUACCGUUUCCAAGGACUGUCAUUGGAGACUUAUCUCCUGAUUUGCGCUUAUCAGAGUCUGUUCUUUUUCCCUCAAAUACAGUAUUUAUAAGUAAGAUAUAGUGAGAUUUUUAAAGAAUAAGAUUAAACUCUUAGUUUACUCUGAUACAAUCCAUUUUUUUAACUGUGAAUCAUUCUUCGUUUUUCGGAUUAACAAAUUGUACAAUCUUUCAUUUUAAUCAUUCGCCUAAACGUAUAUUCUGAAAAAAGGAACUUAGCUACUUUUUCGAAAUUCUAAAUUAUUCCCCGAUUAAUUGUACUAAUAAUAUUUCCACUCUACAGGGUUCUCUACCGUUUUAAAAGUAGAAAUUAUAAGUUUUCAAUAUUGACGAUUUUUUUAAACAUUAUAUUUACCUGACUUUAGAUUAAAACUGAAUAUUGCGUAUUUUUUCGUUCAUGAAAUACAAUAAUGACAAAAACUAAGAUCAUUUUAUGUUUCAUUCUCAAAAUUUUUUUGAAAAAAUCAUUAAAAUCAUUUGAGGAAAAUGUUGUGCACGUUGUUAUACUUUACAUAUAUAUUUUCUGUAAAGAAGACUUGACAUAAUAUAAAAUUAUUUCUCGAAUGUAAAAUUAAUUCGGUUGAUACCUAAAUUAUAAAAAAAAACAUGUCAAACUUAACAUGUACACGCAUGUCCGAUCGAUAAGGUAUUAGCAUCUCUGUAAGCAAAUUGAAGCGAAAAAAAAGGACUUGUAGUGUAUGCGUUUAAAAAAAAUAUGUGCAUAGACUUUGUAUCGUCUGUAUACAUAUAUUGUGUUUGUAUUCAGUUUGUCUCAUAUGAUCAAACUAAAAUUGGAUAUAAUAAUAAAUUCAGAUUAGAAAA